CAUGGACCGCACCGUGGUGCUCAUCACUUCUUGCUCCUCGGGCAGUGGCCUGCACCUGGCCCUUCGGCUGGCUUCAGAUCCUCUCCCAAACCUUCAGUGUAUGCCAACGAUGAGGGACCUGAGGGGCGCAAGGCUCCGCUGUGGAAGGCGGGCCCGAGCCCGGGGAUGCCCUUCAGACUCCCUGGAGACGCUGGAACUGGAAGUGAGGGACUCAGAUUCUGUGGCUGCUGCCCAGGCACGUGUGACCGAGGGCCGCGUGGAUGUGCUGGUGUGCAACGCGGCGGGUCUCCUUGGUCCUCUAGAGGCCCAUGGUCUGGGCGCCGUGGUCGUACUGGACGUGAAUGUGGUUGGGACCGUGCGGACGCUGCAGGCCUUCUUGCCAGACAUGAAAAGGCGCCGCUCAGGACGCGUGUUGGUGACCGGGAGCGUGGGAGGUCUGAUGGGGCUUCCCUUCAACGCAGUGUACUGCGCCAGCAAGUUCGCUCUUGAGGGUUUAUGUGAGAGUCUGGCGGUUCUGCUGCUGCCCUUUGGAGUCCACGUGAGCCUCAUCGAGUGCGGUCCAGUGCACACUGCCUUCUAUGAGAAGUUAGAGGGCGGCCCGGGAGGGUCUCUGGACCAUACAGACUCCCAGACCCGUCACCUCUUCUCGCUCUAUCAGCGGCACUACGAGCAGAUCAUCCGCGAGGCGCAGGACCCAGAGGAGGUGACAGAGGUCUUCCUCAAGGCGCUGCUCGCCCCCAAACCAGCCCUGCGCUACUACAGCACCGAGCGCUUCCUGCCCCUGGCCCGGCUGCGCCUGGACGACCCCAGCGGCUGCAGCUACGUGGCCGCCAUGCAUCACCUGUGUUCGCCGACCAGCCUGCCGAGGGCUGGGGCCAGAGGACUAGGGGACCCCUGAGCUUGGCGCUUCUCCCGCUGCCCUAAAUAAAGGCUACU